UUGUCUCUCUGCAAGACAGCCUUGCUUGUAGCCUUCAAGGGAUCCAUUCUUGUGGAUCCCGUUUUAGAUAGAUCCACAUCAUGGUCGAGAUCCUUGCAGCCAUUGGCCUCGGGGCCAAGGAGCUUUUUUCCUACAACCGGGAAAGCUACAAGUUCGACCAGGAUCAACGAUUGGAGCGAGAGAUGUUGCGCCUAGAGAUGCAGGUGAAGCGCUUCGAGCUCUUUCGAGAAGAUGUGAGAGAUCUGGUGGAAUUGACCGUGGGUCGAAUGGACGUUUACCAUCUGGUUGGUGCGUUAUUUCUGGAGUUUUGCGUCACAUUCUUCUGUGAAGGCAGAGUGCAGGCGAAUGCACCGCCCUUCAUAUUGGCGCUUUUCCUGCUGUCAAACGCCUGUGCCUUUGUUUAUUUAUUGAUCGCUGUGUGGCUAAGUAUGCAUGCCUCCAUUGCUUCGCACAGCUUCGGCGUUCGACUCUUAACACGGUUUGUGCGUCUUCCCAUUCCGAGUCCACAACAGAUCGCUUCCUUAAGUCGCCGUCUGGCGGACUUCGAGAAGCAAGGCUUGGAAAAUGUGCUGAGGCUACCAGUCUUGCAUCAGGGCAACGAUUGGACAGCUCCCAAGGUCGAAGGUGAUAAGCAGAAGGAAGGAGAUCCCACAAAGACCACGGCCGCACCACCGAUGGCCUUGGCCCCGGCACCGGCUGCAGAAGCAGCUCCACCAGUGGCGACGCCGCUUCCAGAACCCGCGCCCAGCAACGGUGGAGCGACUGCUGCGGCAGAUGGCACCGAGGCGCCGGUCGUCUCAGAGGCGGAAGAAGCCGCGAGGACACAUUGCUUGGGCAGUGGAGAGGCGCCCUUCUCCGGCGAGGAGGCGAUGCUGCGGCCGGCGGCGAUGCCUGGCCUGCAUGUGCAACUCUUCCGGCGGUUACAGGCCAAGUGGCAGUGUUACGACGCCUACUGCCGCGUUUGCAUGGCAUUGGGCGUCAACCAGAUUCUGCAGGGCCUGACGUACUAUGCCAUUGUCCACACACUGGUGGAAAACAGAUCGCCCAGUUGUGGCUAUGCUUUGUUGGUGAUUUUCCAAGCUGCAGCACUGGCGGUAGCUAUUCUGGACAUUUCCGGUUUGCGCCGGAGGGCAUUGCUGGCAGUUCAGGCCGUGGGGACUCUCCCGGCCACCUUGGCGGCCCUGGCCGUGCACAGCGCCGAGCGCAACGAAGCCGGAGUCCUGGAUCCAGGUGCAAUCUACUACACCUCUCCAGCCAUGUUCUUCUUGCAAGCUUGCUGGCUGGAGCUGCUGCUUUGGGUCGCCAAGCCCAGCCAAGAUGACGCGGCGCUGCCCCGGCGCUUCCGCACGGUGCUCUUCUUGGAUGUCUUCGGUGACGGUGUCGAUCCAACAGAUGCAGAGAUCCGACCCAAUCAAGCCACUCCAAGUGGCUUUGGCCUUGAGGAGGAACGCCUCCAGGCGGCCGAGCGCGUCGCCGGCGCCGAGGCGGCCCUGGCCGUGGCCGCCGCCGCGGUGAAGCGCUGGGAGGCGGCGCCUCGAGUGGUUCUCUCCGAGACGCAGUCAGCGGAAUUGACACGAAUACGGAUUGAGCUUCAAAUCUGGCGCCGCGCCUUGAAAGGAGAGCUUGCCUGGAGAGCAGCGGCCCGUGGCCUGCCCCACGAGGCGGACGUGCUCGGCGAUGACUCGAUCAGGCCUUGGGGUGAGCUUCUGCCCGAACAGGAGGACGAAGAUCCAUUUCAAGGCUGUUUGGUGGGUCCCUUUGAGCAUGACAUGGGCUAUGAGUCGUCCACCUACUGGUAUGAUCCAGAGAAGGUGACCUAUGUUUGGGAGUCCCCAGGCAACCGCUUGGUGCUGUCCUUGCCAUCGGUGGCUGCGGCCAUACGUGGUUUGGAGGCGGCCAUGCGGCUAUUACUUGCCAUGUCAGAAAGCACCACAGCAUUGGCCCAGGAGGACGAUCUGCCGGAUGGACGAGGUCAAGCAGAUCUGGAGACCAUGCUACGAGGUGUUUUCGCGGUGCCAUGGAGGAUUUGUGCUGUGUGGCGAUCGAGGCUGGCGCAGGCGGUCCGCGGUACUGGACCGGGUUCCAACGGCAUCGAGCUGGCGACACCGCUGGUCGAGAGGCAAACCUCCGGGGAGGGUCGAGUGCAUCACCUCGCAGGGCCACAUGCCAAGCACUUCGUCCCGGAGCGCCUCCCAUGGCAAGUCUUGCGUGGUGUCACUCGGAUUCUACAGUUCUCCUGGACCUUUGUAGGAAUGAUGGCUGUCCUUCGUGAGUUGGGCAUCUAUCAGAUUGACUUCCAGCAACACCCCGGCGGUGAGCGUCGCUUGUCCGCAGCGCCCAAAAGCACCGAGGACUUUACGUUGAACUUCGAGGAAGUUGAGGUGUCCUGGCCCCACGGAGCCUUCUUCGAAGCGGAGGUGAUCUCCUGGCUCGGCGACCGAGCCGAGGAUGUGACCAGCUCUUCAAAGGGCCGAGGUCGCCUCUUGCUGGGCACUGCCUUCUCCAACUACGUGGUGGAAGGUGAAGCUUGGCCCCUGCAGCUGCAGGAGCAGCCUUUGCUGAACACCGACGACCGCCACCACGGCCUGGUGGCCAUCAACGGGCCAGGUGCGACGUAUCUGGCGGCGACCUCCGAGGCGCAGCUCCUCAUUUGGCCUUUCCAUCAGGCAUCCUCGACUUGUGACUCAGGAUCGGUGGAACGAGUCCUGCGCUUGGCAGGGCGCAGGUCGCCUUGGAGGUGCUUUGCCGGAACGCUGGAGCGAUGCGAGGACGCCAAUCAAAGUCAUUGGUGUUUGGUCCUCGCUGGCUGGGACGGAGAACGAUUGCUGGUGGUGGAGAUGCCAAUGGAGGAUAUUUGCACGUUUCCUGAUGGCCUUCUGAGGCCUAAAUACAGCGUGCCAUUGCAGGUGGAUGCUGAACCCAGGGCAUUGACCUUCACCAGGCACCAGGGGAGCUUGCACCUUUUAGGGCUCUUCAGCUCGGGUCUGCGCGCAUGGGAUCUGAACGCCAAGAAGGCACUGUGGCGCGCUCGGGCCAACUGGCCGGAGGAUUUCAAGGCGCUGUCUUUGGCAGAGGAUCCAUUGAACCGAGAGCUCUUUGUCGUGGGGUUGAAAGCAAGUGGCUCAGGGCUUCUGAAAUCAAGGUUGCCCUGAGCUACGGCCCCCAGUUCGGCCAAAGUUGCCGUCUUGCUAGCUAGUCAAUCUCCAAGUCCACGGCUGGAAUGCAAGGGUAUCCAUUGGAACCCAAUGGAACGCGAG